CUUCACUAGCUACUGUCUAACUUUUCCAUUAAAACAUUGCCGAGUAGCAACAUUACCUCUAGCUAGAUAUAUAAAUACCCUGUCGUCAAGAAGAAUUCUAGGCAUUUCCAAAUCUUAAUAUCUACUAUAUAGUCAAGAAAAUCUAGUUUAUUUAAUAGACAUUUUGGAUAUGGGUAACACCGAUUUUCAAUGCCCACAUCCUGUUGCAAUUCCUCCUGAAAAACCAUUUUUGAAGUCGCUAAAAUCAGGUCUGAAGGAGACUCUUUUUCCUGAUGAUCCCUUUAGGCAAUUCAAGAAGCAGCCAGCAUCAAGGAAAUUCAUUUUAGGAUUGCAGUACUUUGUACCAUUCCUUGAAUGGGCUCCUCGUUAUACAUUCGGGUCCUUUAAAUCCGAUCUUAUUUCUGGAAUUACCAUUGCUAGUCUUGCAGUUCCUCAAGGGAUUAGUUAUGCAAGUCUUGCUAACUUGCCUCCAAUUAUUGGACUAUAUUCAAGCUUUGUGCCACCACUAGUGUAUGCUUUGAUGGGUAGCUCAAAGGAUUUGGCAGUAGGAACUGUUGCAGUAGCAUCACUUCUUAUAUCUUCUAUGUUAGGGAAAGAAGUUAACCCUAAUGAGAACCCUAAGCUUUAUGUUCAGUUGGCUUUUACUGCUACUUUCUUUGCUGGAGUUUUUCAAGCUACUCUUGGCUUAUUAAGACUUGGCUUUAUCGUGGAUUUUUUGUCCCAUGCAACAAUAGUGGGUUUCAUGGGUGGAGCAGCCACAGUUGUUUGUCUUCAACAAUUGAAAGGAAUUCUAGGGUUGGUUCACUUUACUCAUGCUACAGAUAUUAUAUCGGUUAUGCGAUCCGUUUUUAGCCAGACACACCAGUGGAGAUGGGAAAGUGCAGUGUUGGGUUGUUGUUUUCUUUUCUUCCUCCUCCUCACAAGAUACUUUAGCAAGAGGAAACCAUGCUUCUUUUGGAUCAAUGCUAUGGCACCCCUGACUUCUGUCAUACUAGGAACCAUCCUUGUCUACUUCUCCCACGCCGAGAAGCAUGGCGUUCAAGUGAUUGGGCACCUGAAGAAAGGGUUGAAUCCAAUAUCAAUAAGUGAGUUGGCUUUUGGGUCACCAUAUCUGACGACAGCUAUUAAAACUGGAAUAGUAACUGGUGUUAUAGCUCUUGCUGAAGGAGUAGCUGUUGGAAGGAGCUUUGCCAUGUUCAAGAACUAUCAAAUUGAUGGAAACAAAGAGAUGAUCGCAUUCGGAAUGAUGAACAUGGCGGGCUCUUGCACUUCUUGCUAUCUUACUACAGGACCAUUUUCGAGAACAGCAGUGAACUUCAAUGCAGGGUGCAAGACUGCUAUAUCUAACGUAGUGAUGUCAGCAGCAGUGAUGAUAACAUUGUUACUACUGACCCCAUUAUUCCAUUACACUCCCUUGGUAGUACUCUCCUCGAUUAUCAUUUCUGCCAUGCUCGGCUUAAUUGACUAUGAAGCUGCAAUUCACCUCUGGAAAGUUGACAAAUUCGACUUCGUUGUUUGCGUCAGUGCAUACAUCGGUGUCGUCUUCGGCAGCGUCGAAGUUGGCCUAGUCAUUGCUGUUGCGAUUUCCUUGCUAAGGAUGCUUCUGUUUGUAGCAAGGCCAAGGACUUUCCUGUUAGGAAACAUUCCCAAUUCAAUGAUCUACAGAAGCAUGGAUCAAUAUCCGACAGCCAACAGUGUCCCCGGAGUUCUAAUUCUUCAGAUUGAUGCACCAAUCUACUUUGCUAAUGCAAACUACUUAAGAGAAAGGAUCUCAAGAUGGAUAUAUGAGGAGGAAGACAGGCUAAAAUCUACAGGAGGAUCCAGUUUACACUAUGUGAUACUAGAUAUGAGCGCUAUUGGUAGCAUAGAUACAAGUGGGAUCACAAUGCUCGAAGAAGUUAAGAAGAACACCGAUAGAAGAGGUCUCAAGUUGGUGCUGGCAAACCCAAGAAGUGAAGUGAUUAAGAAGCUAAACAAAACGAAGUUCAUCGAAACAAUUGGUCAGGAAUGGAUCUAUCUAACAGUGAGUGAGGCUGUAGCAGCAUGCAGUUUCAUGCUACAUUCAUGCAAAGUGAGCCCAGUUACAGUUGAUCAAUUCGAUGUAUAAGAUAAUGUCUGACAGUAGAAAUGGGAGACAAGAUUAGCUAAUCUAAUGCUUACAUCUGAGCUCAACCAUAGCUAGAAGCAGCAUCAGCUGAUCCCACCUAAUUAAUUCAUCCGAAUGAUCCAGAAGUGGAACAGAGAUGAUUUUUUUCUUUUUCUUUUGGGAAGAUCACAAAGUCUAAAUCCACUUUUGUAAUUUCAUAUAUCAAAAUAUAAUAUAGUUUUGAGUGGUUCAUAA